GGUUGUUACGUCAGGCCGGCCCCUGUGUUUGGAAUGGAAGCUGGAAGUUGAGAUGAGAUCGGAGGUCGAAAUUCGAAAAGCUCAACCGAAGCUUUAUGCUUUUAACUGCUGCACGACGAACUCCACAUUCGAACACUUGUCAACAUGUUCCUUAAAAUAGUUUAGGACGUAAACAUCUGUACAAAGAGUCAUGAGUCAUUCUAAUGAGGACGCUCCUACGAAUGGCCCCGUGCAGCAAAAGAGGAACAUCCAGAUCAUUGAGUGGGAGGACUUGGACAAAAGGAAGUUCUAUUCUUUUGGGGUGUUCAUUACCCUGAGUAUCAGGGCCACAGUCUACCCGGCCACCUUAAUCCGGACUCGGCUUCAGGUGCAGAGGGGCAAGUCUCUUUACAGUGGCACCUUUGACGCCUUCUUCAAGAUCCUGCGGGCGGAGGGUGUUCGGGGCCUGUACCGUGGUUUCAUGGUCAACACCUUCACCAUCAUCUCUGGCCAGGCUUACAUCACCACCUAUGAGCUGGUGAGAAAGUAUGUGUCCAACUAUUCUGAUGACAACACAGUCAAGUCGCUGGUGGCGGGCGGCGCGGCGUCCUUGGUGGCUCAGAGCAUCACGGUGCCCAUAGAUGUGGUGUCACAGCAGCUGAUGAUGCAGGGACAAGGGGAGCACCUCAGCCGCUUUCGCCCCCAUUCUCAAUCGGACACCGUAAAGCCAAAAAGAGUGUUUGGCCAAACCAGGAGCAUUGUGGCCCAAAUAUUUGCUGCUGAUGGUUUACCAGGCUUCUACAGGGGAGCCGUUGCUUCUUUACUUACCUACAUCCCAAACAGCGCUGUCUGGUGGCCUUUCUACCAUUUUUAUGCAGAGCAGCUGUCAAAUCUGGCUCCCUCUGCCUGUCCUCAUCUUGUCCUCCAAGCCAUGGCCGGUCCACUUGCAGCUGCCACUGCCUCCACCGUCACUAACCCUAUGGAUGUUGUCAGAGCCAGGGUACAGGUUGAAGGUCGCACUUCCAUCAUCGACACAUUCAGACAGCUGAUCAAGGAGGAGGGCUUCUGGGGAUUGACCAAAGGACUGUCGGCACGCAUCAUUUCAUCCACUCCCACCGCCAUCGUCAUGGUGGUCGGCUACGAGACCCUGAAAAAAGUGAGUUUGCGGCCGGAGCUGGUGGACUCCAGACACUGGUAGAAGAUGCUUGUCACGUGGAGCGUGUGCCAUGUCAGAACCAAGUCACUGCGUUCGGGUCAAACAGUGGACAUGCACUGAUUAACACUGACACUGUUAUUUCUUGUAAUGGAACACACACGCGUGACCACUACUGGAGAAGGUCCGUAAAGGACACAAAAACAAGAGUACCUCAUGUUUUUUUAAAGAGUAGACCAAAAUGCACGAAUAUGAGACUGAUUUUUUUUUGCAAAUGAAGAUCGGUGUCUUCUGCUGUACAUCAUCAAUACAUCCAACAUUGUGGGCCAACGUCAGAACUUGAACUGGUUCUGGUUAGGUUAGGAGUCCAACUACUACUACUAUGACUACUGUUUUGGCCUUUUUAAAUUUUGCCUUCAUCAAGUGAAAUCAUUAAAAACAAAUGUUUUUUAGCUACAUGUAUGUGUGUGUUCUCAUAACACAUGGCCAAAUGGCAAAUUCCAUGCACAUAAGCAAACAUAACACAGUACGAGUGUCACACAGCUCACUGAGUGUGUGUGUGUGUUGUGGGGUGGCAACAGUCAGUGGCUUCCAAUGCCUUGUGUGUAAUUGUUUGAGGGCAGUUUUGUCACAUUUUUUACCCUUUCAAGCACAAACUGUAUCAUUUGUUUUGAAUGAUGUCUUAAAAGAUAUUAAGAUUAAUUUAUUGGGUGUUGGUGUUUCUUCAAGCUGUAGAAUUAAUAUAUAGACAUUUAUAACGAUGUCACCCUGAGUAAGUACAUCUUAUUGGUGUGACUGUGCUGCUUCUGUACAGUUUUUUCAAAGUAUUUUUGACAAGGUGGCAAUUUUAAGGUGAAACAAAUUCUUCUUAAUGAGCAGCAUAUAAAACCUAUAUAACCUGGCAAGACUUACGGUGAUGUAGGGAUUUUCAUUAGGAAAUGCACUGAUAUAAUGUAACAACAUAGUGAAUGGUGUGGAAAAACAUUCCUUUUUGGAAUCAUGUCAAAAUGCCACAAUUUCUGUAUAUUUAAAUGUUUAACUUGGUGAAAAUGAGUUGGGGGAUUUCAUAAUGAAACUAUUUAUAGGAAAAAUGCAAAUGAAGCAAAGGUUAGAUGUCAUCUCCGAUGCAAAUACUUUAUUUGUACAUAUUUGCUGCUCACUGAAGAGAAAACUCUGUGCAACUUCUGAACCCGUUAUGUCUAAUCCUGUCAAAACUCAGCCGUUUGUAUCAUGUGUCAUGUCACGUGACUCCAUGUCUUGGUUCAACUAGUCAAUAAAACAUCGUGUUAAGAUCUGUUUGCUGCAUCAUGAAGGUGUUAUUAGUCAUGCAUAUACAGUAUUCUCACGUUUAGCAGCACAAUAACCUUUUGAUGGAAGUCAAAACUGACAGAAAAUGAAUGUUAACAUAUUUGUGGUUGUCGUCAAGGCCGGGUUAUUGGGUUAACACAUCCAUGCAUCACUUGGUUGCUUGCUCAAAAGUCAGAGGUAGCUGUUCCAAAAGGGUGGGACCCAAAAUGAGUCCCAAGUUGUUGUUUUUUUCUUUACUGAGCCGCUGAUCUCAGAAGUUAAUACUGUAAGCUGUGUUACUGAUCAUCAAGCUGGAACACCAUUUUGUGGCGAAUGGCUUUUGGAUUUAUGUUUCUAUGUUGUUUAUUAUUACACAAUACAUGUUUACGCUAGUAGGAGUCCCAGGGAGGAACCGCAAUUCUUUGUGUCCUAAGCCUAAAAGGUUUUAGUACAUUGAGGGAAUUCUAACAUCCAAAUUUCCACUAGUCCACCAGUGAUGUCGUCAUGGAGGAGUGGGAGAGAAUUCCAGUAACAACCACUGGAGCUCUGGUAAAUUCCGUCCCCAAGAGAAUGAAAGCAAUGCUAGAUAACAAUUGUGCUCAUGCAGUAUAGCCGUAACUUGGACGUGUUAAAGCAUUCACAUCCCUGCAAAUUCACUCAUUAUUGACCCAUAUUUAAUUUUCUCCAAAAAUAAAAGAGCCUUGUUUUUUUUGUGCACAAAACAUCUUAUUCACCAUAAGUCGGUAAUAAUUUCUAAACACACGACAAUACAGGUAAAUUGUGCAGCAUACACGUACCACCGUUUGAAAGCCCACAAUUAUUACAUUUUUUGUUUCUGUUUUAUGCUUCACUGCUCAUCUUUUUUCAUCAGGCAUUGAGAUUUAGCACUUUCUUGGGCAGUGCUUAAACACAUCUUGCUAGUAGUGCUGACAUGCACACAUUUGAUUGGCUUCGACAGCCAUCGAUCUUCAAUUAUCGUUACUGGUGAGUAGCAAUACAUUUGAUACUUUAAAUGUGUUUAAUAAGUGUGUGAGGAAUACAGUGGUGUGAAAAAGUGUUUGCUCCCUUCCUGAUUUCUGCAUGUUUGUCACACUUAAAUGUUUCAGAUCAUCCAACAAAUUUCAAUGUGACAACACAACUGAACACAAAAGUCAGUUUUUAAAUGAAACCUUUUAUUAUUAAGGGAGAAAAAUCCAAACCUACAUGGCCCUGUGUGAAGAAGUGAUUCCCCCCCGUUAAAACAUAACUAAACUGAGGUUAAUUGAGGUCUAUCAGCCUGGAAAAGGUUAUAAAGCCAUUUCUUUUUUUUUUUUUUUUUUUUUUUUUAAACCCCUGUCCUGUCCAGCCUUUAAAGCAGAUAGAAUUGUAGACCUAAAUGCCGUCAAGUGCUCAACAGAUUUACUCUGCCAGAGAGAAGUGUGAUAUACACUUCCCCUGUCAUACAAAAUUUAUUCGACCUUGAUGCUUGUUAUAAAGCAAAUUUGGAGCGACCGGACCGGAGCAGGAGGGGACAGAGAAGAAGAGAAAAGGAAACAGGGGGGGGGGGGGGGGCGAGAGGGGACAAAAACAAAAAAAAGAGAGACAAGAGACAAGGACAACAGCAGCAACAACAACAAUUGUGACAGAACAACAGAAACAUACAGAACGACAUCAGCAAAUAAAUGUCCGUGACAACUAUAAAGACGAACAAGGAUAAAGGACAAAUCAAUAUUAACAACCACAAUGACAAAGCUGUCAAUGACAAUCAGACAUAAUAGCAGUCAUGAAAUGAUGAACUAUGACAGUGAUCACAAUGACAAUACUGCAUUGAAACAGUCGCACACAAUAGCAGUCAUGAAAUGAUGAAUUAUGAUAGUGAUCACCAUGAUAAUACCGCAUUGAAACAGUCACACAUAACUGUAGUAAUGAAAUGAUUAUCCAUGAUAGUGAAUAGAAUCAAAGUUACUGUAAUGCACAUCAUUGUAAAAAAAAAUAUAUACAUAUACACAUAUAUAUACAUACAUACACAUACAUACACAUAUAUAUACAUAUAUAUAUAUAUAUAUAUACACAUAUAUACCGCACAUACACACAUAUAUAUAUAUAUAUAUAUAUACACAUAUAUACCGCACAUACACACAUAUAUAUAUAUAUAUAGUCAUACUGCUGAUAUCACCGUCGCUGUAAUAAAACCAACAACAUAAUAACACCCUGGUUAACUCAGUGAGUAAUGUGGGGAAGUACGUAUGUACUGUGAGUGUGCAUAUGUACAGGUAUCUCUGUAUGUAAGGAAGACUUCAUAUAUAUGUAAAGGUGCAGGAAUGUGUGGGCGUGUGAUUGUCACUGAGAGUGCAUGAAAGGAAAGGGGCCGCCUUCCACCACCCAGAGAGCCCCACCCCAAAUAGCAAGGCCGGGCCCCGGCCGCCAGAAGGCCACCAGGCCCAUAGGGGCAGGCAGCACAAAGAUCAGUGCCCCAAGAGCCAGCCCAGAGAGCCCCCCCCCCGGGAAGACCAGUAAGGGGCCGAAGAGAGGUAAUCCCAGCCAAGGACAGGGCGCCAGCGGGCCGGAGGACUGCCAACCCCUGAGACCAGCGAGAGAUCACACCCCACAAAGGCAGACGGGUACCGGGGGCCACAAACCGGCAGGCCCAGAGACGCCUCCACAGCCGGAAAGAUGCCCGCCCGCGCCGGAAGCGCCAAUUUCCGCCCACCCCCACCCCCAGGGAGCGGAGCCCGGCCCGCCCCGGGCCAACCCCCGCCCGACCCCCGACACAGGGCCGCCCCGCCAAGGGAUGCAGGAGGCACACCCUCCACCCACCCGGCGGAGGCACGGGCGGCAGAGAUGUAUCGCCCAGCACCUGACCCCACGGAUCAAACCCCUGU